AUGAUGAGAAUGUUGUUUACGAAUCUAAUUAACAACGCAUUUAAAGAAAAAAAUGAAAAAAAGUUAAAACAGUUAUAUACUUUUAUUCUUAAGAAAAAAGAGAGUACUCAUAUAAGUGAGGACGACGUUGUUUAUCAUAUUUCAUCUAUCUCAUCCAACUUGAACAAACUAGAAUGUACCUUUCGGUGGGUUAGCAGUUUUCAUAUGUACUCCACACCCAGGAGUAACCGAGGAACUAGUAGUCAUUCCUCUAUACAGGAGAGUUAUAAUGGCAAUGAGGAUAUAUCAAUGGAAAUACUUCCUAAUACUGCUGCAGAGAAGUGCACAUUACGUAGAAGUAAACUUGUUCGUGCCACAGAUAGUGUUCGAAGCACAGAUGAGUGUAGUAAGAGGGAUGACCAAGUCCUUCUCAGCUUACACAAAUUCGUAUUCAUCAGUAAAGUGCAGUUGAAUGCCUUUUUCUCUGCGUACUUAAAACAUAUAUUUCUUAAAAAAAAAAGUAAUAACAUAAACAUAAAGAAUUGGGCUUAUCUGCUAAACUCUUUAUGCUUAAUGAAUUAUGAGGAACAUGGAAAAAACUGUAAAUACAUUUUUGAAAAGAUUAUAAAGGAGGUCAUACUAAAACAGCAGGAGUACAUAAACUUUGCAAAAGAAGAAAAUAUAUACAUAUCAUCCCAAAAAAAGGAUAAUUCUUGUUUCACUCCACAGGCAAAUAUAAACAGCCAAACGAUAGUAGAACUUCUAACAGUGACAAACAAACAUAUAGAAAAAUUAGUAAAAUGGAAUAUAAAUAUCCUUUUAUUUAAUCUGUUUUGCCUCAGUACAAUCAACUAUUUGCUUUGUUCUACUAUUUUCACCAUAGGAAACGAAAUAAUCAAAGCUUCGAUAACAUACACUCCUAUUAACAAAAAGAGCAAAUGUGAAAUUAGCAUACAAACGAAUAUGCCAAUUAACACAAAUAGAGAGCAUAUGAACAAGUUAAUAAUUUUUUAUGAUCAUAUAUGCCUGGAUGUACACAAUUUUGUAAGCAUAACUCUCUUUUUGACAACAUAUAAACAAUUUUACAACUCCUUCAGCUAUACAAUAGACAUAUCUUACAAUAAAAACAAAAAUGAAAGGAAAAGGUGUAAACACAAUUACAUUAUAUCGGAGAUACAGAAAACACUCAUACGAAUAUACUUUUGCAUUUUUCAAAUUCCAAAUUUGGUUGAAGAAAAAAUAAGGUAUGGCCCAUUUGUUAAUGAACAUAAAGUAAAAACGUCAAAAAUAAAUUUUGACAAAAUGGGCUUUACAUAUACAAGAGAAGGGUGCAAAAAUAGAAACACAGAGUAUCCUAAUGGUAGAUGCAAGAGUAUGAUGAGAGAUACGCAAGUAACACAUGCUAGUCAUGUUAGGCACGUUGAUCGCGUUGACCACGUUGACUACAUCAAGUACCUCGAUGCUGACUACAACUACGGAGCUUUCUUCUACACCCAGUUGCUUUAUCCCCCCCACUUUCCAAGCAAUAAUUGUGCAACUACAAAGAUAUGGAGCUUCUUUUACAAAGAAGCACAAAGCGCUUUUAAGGAAGAAGAAGGGGGUCUAAUUAUGAAUCGUAUUAUUUUUCAAAAUAGCAUAAUGUUAAUUAAAUUUUUAAACAUGAUUACCUCUUUGUCAGAGCCUACAGAUAUGCACUAUUUAAAUUAUUUCAAUAAAUGUAUUUACAACCAUAUUUAUUUUUUUAAAUUUUUAAUACAGUUAGAAAAGGAAUGUACACAUUAUUCACAUGUUCAGGCAAUAUAUGUGUACAUACAUUUUUUUAAAUUUAUUUUAAAUUUUUACAUUUCUAUCGUAUGUACUAAUAAUUUUACAUACCUCCUUUCAUCGUUCUGUUAUUACUACGAGGGGAACCAAACACAUGAGCAAAAGAAAGAUAUACUUAACGUAGUAAGUAUUAUAAAUCGAGAAAUUGGUAGGAGGGUAUACGCAGCGCUAUGCUCAUCAGCACACAGCCGCAUCCAAAGUGAAGUAACUAGGGAAAGUAGUAGCGUCCUCUUUGCUGGAAGCAGCAAUAACUGUGCAACAUCCAUGAUACGGAUGAGCAUCAACGGAAGGCAUCUUUGCAAUAUGUGCAAUAUGUACACGAAGUUAAAUAUAUAUGAAAUAAAUUUCAUCAGUAGUGUUAUAAAGUACAUCUAUGAGUAUUUACCUAAACUGAACAGUCAAGACGUUACUGCGUUUGUAAGCUUCCUUAGCAAAGCACAUUAUGAAAAUAAAGAAAUCCUUCAACAUGUUAUGCACUACAUAAAAAAAUAUAUAGACAGGUAUUCCUUUUGUGAAAUCCACCUAAUAAUUAGGAGUUACUAUAUAUUAAAUGCUUUAUCUGAAGAAAGUAUACACCACAUUCUUUCUCAUUUACUAACUCGUGUGUUACACAUCAACCAUAUUACUGUACUUAAUGGAGGAGGUAUACGUCAGAGGUGUAUAAGCGACAGAGUAAAAUAUAACAAUACCGACAAGCAAGUAGCAUACAUGUUAGAUAAGUUUACAAAAAUGGCAAAUAGACUAGUUAUGAAGAGUGAAAAACGUUAUUUUUAUAAUCCACAGGAGGAGGAGAUAACACAAGACACAGAGUUCAGUAAGAUCCUCAUCAUUAAGGAAAAGAAAUUUUAUGCAUCUCUUAACAAACACAUAAGUAAUAACACUUUUCAAAGUAAAAAGUAUGUACAAGCUAUGGUAAACAUUUUGAGUAUCUUUUCCAAAGUAAAAAUUAAAAAAAAAAAUUUGAUUUUAUUAUGUGAUGCUAUUUAUAUAUUCAUAGUACGGCAUGAACAAUACAACAAGCUGUUAAACAUACAUGACUGGGUCAGCUUGAUUUUAAGUUACUGCAGAGUGAAAUACAAUUCUGUGUAUUUAUAUAAGUCUGUUCAGUUACUGUAUAACAAAAUGAUGCAUGUUUACAAAACGGACAAACAACUUAGUAAGAAAGAUAAAUCGCUACUCUUAUCUUUAUGCUAUGAUUUAAAAAAAUGCAAGAUAGAAAAUUACUCGCUACUACUUACAUUUCUUGCUGAUAAAAAAAAAAAAAAAAAUUAA